CAUUUUAAAAUCUUGUGCAAAAACAAAAAAAACAAUGCAAUGAAUGCUGUGAGUAAGUGUGUGAGUGGGUAAAAGGCUCCCCUCCCUCCCGCAACAGGGCGGCACGAAUCGCCCUCCAUACCCUCAGAGCAGCGUGGUAGGCACAACAAGCUCAGCGGUGGCUCCGCUGCAGUCCCUCCCUGGCACAGAGGACCACACCGGAGAAAUGAGCUCGUCCUCCGCCGUCUGCACUGCAUUAACGUGAGUGCGUAACGGCUCUUUUCACGGAAACACACGCGUAUACAGAGGACCCGCACCGGUUUGCUGUUUCCAACCCCCCCAGCUAGGUGUCGGAUAGUCCCACCGGCAGCUCGGACCAUGGCGGAAAGAAGCGGCCGGCUGAGUUUCCCCGGGAGCGGGGCUCUCAACAGACCGGUCCCCAUGAACCUGUUUGCAACGUGGGAGAUAGACGGAUCGUCCCCGAACUGCAUCCCGAGAUUGUGCAGUCUGACCCUGAAGAAGCUGGUCGUCAUGAGGGAACUUGAUAAAGAGCUGAUUUCUGUGGUCAUAGCAGUAAAAAUCCAGGGCUCCAAACGGAUUUUAAGGUCCCAUGAGAUUGUGCUGCCACCCAGUGGGUCUGUGGAGACUGAUCUGGCUCUCACCUUCUCGCUGCAGUACCCACACUUCUUAAAGCGGGAAGGAAACAAGCUGCAGAUCAUGCUCCAGCGGCGGAAAAGAUACAAGAACCGAACCAUUUUAGGCUACAAGACUCUCGCGAUUGGAUCUAUCGAUAUGUCAGAGGUGAUGCAGCACCCGACAGAGGGAGGCCAGGUUCUGCCUCUCUGCAGCAACCAGAAAGACAUGCUUGGAAAAGUGGCAGAGAUCUGGAUCUUUUCCCUGUCCAGUCAGCCAAUAGACCAUGAGGAGGCAGCCCUGCAGGGAGGACAGAAGAUCAAAUGCUCUGAUAACUACUCAGAAGAAGAGUACGAGAGCUUCUCCUCAGAGCAGGAGGCCAGCGAUGACGCCGUGCAGCCACAGGAUCUCGAGGAUGACGAGUAUGACGUGAGAAAGCCAAAGAAGCAAAGGAGGUCGAUUGUAAGGACUCCCUCCAUCACCAGACAGCAGAACUUUAAGCAGCGUGUGGUGGCUCUUCUGAAGAGGUUCAGAGUUUCAGAUGAGGUGCUGGACUCGGAGCAAGACCCUGCAGAGCCGCCUCCUGAUGUGGAGGAGGAGGAUGUGGACCUGGACAGCGUGGAGUUUGAGAACCCCAGCGACAGCGGCCCAGACAUGGAUGAUGACGACAGCGUCCUCAGUACGCCGAAACCUAAACUGAAGCCAUAUUUUGAGGGUCUCUCCCUCUCGAGCUCUCAGACUGAGAUUGGCAGCAUCCACAGCAGUCGGAGCCACAGGGAGCCUCCCAGCCCGAUUGACCCAGAUAAAACCAAGUGCACCGGGGAUGACGGCGUGUCUGAUAACAUCCCUUUUGAGCAGCCAGAGGCGGUGACCCCGACCACAGAGUUGGAGAUGGACAACAUGGACACAUUUUUAGAGAGACUCCCACCGAGUGGCAAAAUGACCAAAACAGAGUCUCUUAUCAUUUCAUCCAACAGGCAGGAACCAAAGUUGGCAGGCAGGCGAGGCAGGAGCACGUCGCUGAAGGAGCGCCAACCCAGCAGGCCCCAGAAUGAGAGGGCCAACAGCCUGGACAAUGAGCGGUCUCUGGAUACCAGAUGCCACCUACAGAUUCCCAGAAAGACAGUGUAUGACCAACUUAACCACAUCCUAGUAUCUGAUAACCACCUCCCUGAUAGUAUCAUCCUCAUCAACACGUCUGACUGGCAGGGCCAGUAUCUUUCAGACAUGCUGCAAAACCACCAUCUGCCAGUGGUCUGCACCUGCACCACGGCCGACAUCCAAGCUGCGUUCAACACCAUCGUCUCCCGCAUACAGAGAUUCUGCAACUGUAACUCCCAGACGCCUGUUCCUAUAAAGAUAGCGGUGGCCGGAGCGCAGCACUACCUCAGUGCAGUUCUGAGGCUUUUUGUGGACCACCUGUCCCACAAAACUCCUGACUGGCUCGGCUACAUGAGGUUCCUCAUCAUCCCUCUAGGUGCACACCCAGUCUCCAAGUAUCUCGGCACUAUUGACUAUCGAUACAACACUUUGUUCCAAGAUGCUGCCUGGAGGGACCUGUUUCACAAACCAGAGGCUCCAGUUGUUGUCCAGGAGAGCCCAGAUGUCGUCUCCAGGGUAACACAGUAUAUGGUGGGAGCUAACGGAGCUCAUCAGCUCCCUAUCGCAGAGGCCAUGCUCACCUACAAGCAGAAGAGGAAAAAGAGCUUUCAUUUUGAUUUUGCAGUAAGCCCGGAUGAGGAUUCAUGUCAGAAAUUCAUUCCUUUUAUUGGGAUGGUGAAAGUUGGCAUUGUGGAGCAAACAUCUGCAACAUCAGGAGACUCUGAUGAUGCAGCGCCUCUGGGCUCCUCGCUGCUCUCCUCCACCCCUCCACAGGUAUCACCCGCUUUCAAAGAGGCAUCGCCCACGCCGCCCUCGUCUCCCUCUGUCAACACCAGCUUUUGUGCUUACAGCUCUGGUGGUCAGGUGGAGCUCAUGGGGCUUCAGGUGGACUACUGGGUGGCUCCGACAGAAAGGAAGAAAGAUGUGGAGAAGCGAGACUCCUCCUCCAAAAACACUCUCAAGUGCAAUUUCCGCUCGCUGCAGGUCAGCCGGCUGCCACUGGGGGGCGCAGAGCCAAGCUCCCAGCCCACCAUGUCUAUGACUGUGGUGACCAAGGAGAAGAAUAAGAAGGUCAUGUUCCUGCCAAAAAAGAGCAAAGACAAGGAGGUGGAGUCAAAGAGUCAAGUGAUUGAGGGCAUCAGCCGCCUCAUCUGCACUGCCAAGCACCAGCAGACCAUGCUGAGAGUGCUGAUCGAUGGCGUCGAGUGGAACGAUGUCAAGUUUUUCCAGCUGGCUGCUCAGUGGUCCUCACACGUCAAACACUUCCCCAUCGGGAUCUUUGGACACACAAAAGGCCCUUAUUAGCAGCACCUAAGAGACUGAAACAUGGAGGACAGCAAUCCCACCCUCCCUGCCUCCCUCCCUUGUGCCAAGAGCUCUUAACCCCCUUCCUCCAACCUUUCCUACACUUCCUCCUAUUCUGCUGUCUUAAUUUAAACUCCUGCUUUCCACACUUGCAUUGUCCCUGUUAUUUAAUCUUUUGCGUGUUUUUUUUGUUUUUGUUUUUUAAUUUUCUAUUUAUGUAAACACAUCUCAAGGCAGAGCUGCUAUGAGAAUAUUUCUUUACUUGGCUUUUUAAAACAAAAAUCCUGCUGACGUUUUAUAGACUUUUGAGGAAAAAAAUUGAGUAACAACUAGAAAUGACUUCUAACCUUUAACAUAAUGAAUGAGUGCCCAGGUUUCACUUGGCACUCAGUUUUGUUGUUGUUUUUUUUUUCCUUUUCAAAUUUGAUGAAGAUGGUUUUAAACACUUGGCCAGCACAAUUAAUCACAGCUAUAUAUAUAUAAAAAAAGAGCCAUCUGCCUUGUAAUGAAGGUCAUAUUUUCUAAUUACAGAGAAGAAAUUUUGGAUUUGCAGCCGCAGCGACUGUUGGCAGUUCAUUGUCUUAACCCAGAGGGAGAAAGGAUAAACGGCCUCCGUGAAGAAGUCUAAUGUGCAAUAGACGAAAUAUUGUGUGAAUGCGAUUCUGCUAGAAGAUUACACACUGCUCUUAGUGGUGAUUUUCACCCUUUGCGUCCCUUCUCUUCUUUACUUUACCCUCCUGAUAAACUGGUUCAAGGUUUGAAGAGAAACUGUUUAGAUGAGAAUUACGAGCGCAGUUAACCACAAACUUACAGAAAAAUAGGGCCAUUUUGGGAAAUGCUAUCUUGUUGAGAAUUAAAUGAGAAGAUUAAUACCUCUCUUAUUUUUUAUGGUAAAUUUGAAGCUAUAGCUGUUUACAGUAGAGUAAAUAGGUACCCUUGUUCUUUUGAAAGGUAAAAGAAUAACUACUUAGCAGCACUUCUGAACCUCACUUAAUUAAAACCUUAUAUCUAUGUAUGUUUAACCCCUAUAAAAACUGAGCCAAGCUAACCGUUUCUAUGUUUAGUAGAGUAAGAAUGAGACAUUGCGGUUUUAUGGCUGGUUAAAGGGGAAUAGUUAGGCACAUAAUGCCCCUUUCCUCCAAGACACACGCACACAAAAUAAAUAAAUCAGGUUUUACACUUCAGGUUUUGUACAUUUUAUACAAAGCUAAGCUAAUGGUUAAUGACUAACCUGGCUCUAAACAAACGGAACAAAAUCUUCUUACCAGCAUCUCCAGAGGUCACCAUCUAUCUAACAUCCACAUAGAAAUUGAGCCAGGGUAGCUGUUUCUCUGUUUGCAGUGCUGAGCUACGCUAAUUGGCUGCUUACACAUCUGGUAGCAACUACAGUACUGUGCAAAGGUUUUGAGCCACCCCUCAUUUCUUUAAACUUUGCAGGAAAAUGGGAAAUAUGUGCAGUGAUUUAUUGAAAAACGAAGCACAAAAUAGAAUAUGUAUCAUUCUAAUGACUUUAAAAGUCAAUAUUUUGGUAUGACUAUCUUUAUUCUUCAACACUUCCUGAGCUCUCUUAGGCAAGAUUUCUUGACAUUUAUUUAAGUAGUCUUCAGGAAUAGUUCUCCACGACAUUCAUAGCUCUUCUCUAGAUGUAGACACUGCUUUCCAGUGUUGCUGUACUUUUCUGUGUUCCAUUAAUUUUCCAUCUCUAACUGGCUGAAAUGCAGCCCCAAACCAUGACAGAGCCUCCACUGUGUUUUACAGAUGGCUGUAGACACUCACAGUUGUAUCUCUUUGCUCUCUCUUCGUACAUAUUUGAGCCAGAAAUUUCACAUUUGUAUUUAUCACUCCAUAUGACCUGUUGCCACCGAUUUUCAGUGCAGUUCUUGUGUAAUUUAACAUACUUCAGCCUUUUCUCCCUGUUUCCCUUCUUUAUAAAUCACUUCUUGACAACCACCAUCCCUACAUUUCUGAUGAUCAGCAAACAGCAGAUGGAUAAACUCACUUUUUAUAGAUUCAGCUUAAGAAAAUUGGAAAAAAUAUGUGUUUGUGACAGGCUGACAGUAACACGGGGCCACAAAUACAAUUUAAAACUUAUUGUUUUUAUGUUCUGACACAACACUAGUUCAUCCCUUAAAUUAAAGCCCGGAGAGCUAUUUCUCGAUACAACUUAAAAAAAUUCCAAGAAAAUCUGUCUCCUUGGAAGCAAAAUAUAAAGACAUGAGGGUUGGCUCAAGACUUUUGCACAGUACUGUACUUGAGAAAGUUGGAGCCCAAGGUCCACUGUGUUUCCUAAGAAUUAUCUGAAAGAAGCAGACUCUGCACAAGUGUGGCACACAUCAGCUCAGCCAAAAUCAGGAAAUGCACCACUGAUUAUUGGAAAAAAAAUUGACCACUUCCUGUUUUUGUUUUGUUUUUUUUACUAUAAUUUAAUAGUUUAUCUAUUGAUUAAUUACUUUGGUGUAGUAUGAAAAGCCAUGGGAGAGGUCAUUUUCAGGACGAAAAUACAUUUAUGCCCUUUUCAUUUAUACCCUUCUUCACUCAUUCCAGAGCCAUCCAGUGGGCCGAAUUAGAGCCUUUGCUGGGCUGAUUCUGGCCCCCGGGCCUCAUGUUUGACACCCCUACCCUAAGGGUAGACCUUGGUUGUGAAUGAACCCUGAAAAAGUCAAUAAACUCCAUAGUAGUCAUUAAGAAAACAGUGUAAAAUGAUUAAAUCCAGUCUUGCAAAAAUGUUUUCACACAUGACUCUUCCUUAAUGAAAGCGGUAUCACUCUUUUAAAUGUGGCUAAUGAAGCCAUGUAAGACACAAGCAUCCAAAUUAAAUUAAACAGAAGUCAUCACAGUUCCUCGGUGUGUAUGCAGCAGCCAUAAUCUGCAGGCAGUACAAAUACAAGUGCACAACGCUCAUGAUUAAUCAUAUUUAGGCAUGGUGCAGACUAAUGUCACCUCAUCUCAAAAUGUGUGGUGUAGAGCUGUGGCAGUGGUACUGAUCUUCUCAUUUAACUCGGCAAAGAAAGCUAAACAGCAUAACUCUCGAAAUGCCAAACUGUCCUUUAAGAUCAGCAUAUAAGAUGAAACAAAACGACAGAGUGUAUUAAAUGCAUUCAUGAAUUCUUCCUCCUUGAGCCCCACACUCCUCCAUACACUCCAUAUGUUCUGCUAAAAGCAAAUGUUACUUUUGCCAAAGGAAACGCUCAAGAACUGCAGCUCACUCAUUACUUGUGUGGUAUUAUAGAUGACUUCAUAAUGUAGAGGUGAAUGUAUUGAUGGUACCUUAAUGUAAAGCACUUUUAAAUGUUUGUCCAGUAUAGAUUAGUAUGUUACACCCCGGGAACCUGCAGGUACUAUUGGCUGUCUGCCGUUAUGUCUGAGCAAAGUAAAACAAGCAUCCCUGUCUCCUCAGUGCUGUGAAAGCAAAGUUCAUGCUCGGCGUGAGGCCUCGUCGAACUAUUUUAGAUUUUAGUUACAUGUUCUGUGAGGUUAGCCUAGAAAGUGUAUGUGGAUUAAGUCUGUAGAUUUUGCUCCAUCUUUAACUCACUUUUAAGACUGAGUAAUAUUUUGCUUAAAUUUCUUUCAGUAGCAGUGUCAUCAUAACCUUUACCAGUUUCUUGAUAAGUGCCUAAAUUGCUUAAUUUUGACAAAUCAACGUAAGUAAAUAUCCCUGGCUGAAAUGGUGCUGAUUCGAGCCCGGACAACAACAAAAUAUCUCAGUACAGCACAUUGAUUUUGCAACGCAAACACGUGCGGUGUGCAUCGGUGGGAAGUAAAGUCACGCUUGACCAGCUGAUUAUCAGUAAUUAAAAGAACACUACGGUCCAUUCAUGGUGAGCAUACAUUUGUUGUUUCUCUGUGUAGAGAAUAUUUUAGAUGUUUUUUUUCAUGUUGUCUCAGAAAAGGCUUGUUGAAAGUUCCCUAAAGACUACCACUGUAAUCCCAACAACUGGGAGUAAUAAAACUACUAUACACACUAAAAUGUA